GGUGGCGCCCGCGUGGUUAUGUGGCUAGGUGUCCGUGGAUGGCUCCCGAUUUGCGUGCGCGAGUGUUUUAACCUGCGGUGCCUCGGCUUUGCCAGGACUUGCAGUGGCCGUAGGGGCCCCAUGGCAGAAACGCUCUCGACUGAGACGGAGGCAGUGAGAGGGUUGAGAGCUCAGGCUCAGCAAAACGGAGACGCAGGUGGCGUCGCGAGUGGUGAGCCGCCCCCAGGGCACCCGCAGCCGACGGCCGGGGGAGUGGAGCUGGCCCCAAAGGACCGGCAGCUGGCCGCAGGGAGCGAGGAGCAGGCCCCGGCUGCACCGCAGGACCCAGGCAAGCGGAAGAAGCGGCGGGGCGCAACCCGGGAGCGCGUGGUGCCGCCCCCGAAGAAGCGCCGGGCAGGGGUGAGCUUCGGCGAUGAGCACUUUGCAGAGACCAGCUACUACUUCGAGGGCGGCCUGCGCAAAGUGCGGCCUUACUACUUUGACUUCCGAACCUACUGCAAAGGCCGUUGGGUGGGCCACAGCUUGCUGCACGUCUUCAGCACCGAGUUCCGAGCCCAGCCCUUGUCCUACUACGAGGCUGCGGUCCGAGCAGGGCGUCUGCACCUCAACGAGGAGCCGGUACAGGACCUCAGCAUUGUGCUCAAGGACAAUGACUUUUUGAGGAACACAGUGCACAGGCAUGAGCCACCAGUCACAGCAGAGCCUGUCCGCCUGCUGGCUGAAAAUGAAGAUGUGGUGGUUGUAGACAAGCCUUCUUCCAUUCCUGUCCACCCCUGUGGCCGCUUCCGACACAACACAGUCAUCUUCAUCCUGGGCAAAGAGCACCAACUUAAGGAGCUACACCCACUGCAUCGGCUUGACCGCCUUACAUCAGGGGUCCUUAUGUUUGCCAAGACAGCAGCCGUUUCGGAGAGAAUACAUGAGCAGGUUCGGGACCGGCAGCUGGAGAAGGAGUACGUGUGCCGGGUAGAGGGGGAGUUCCCUGCUGAGGAAGUAACCUGCAAGGAACCCAUCUUGGUAGUGUCUUACAAGGUAGGGGUGUGCCGUGUAGAUACCCGGGGCAAGCCCUGUGAGACAGUGUUUCAGAGACUGAGCUACAAUGGCCACUCCAGUGUGGUGCGGUGUCGGCCACUCACAGGCCGCACCCACCAGAUCCGAGUCCACCUCCAGUUCCUGGGCCACCCCAUCCUAAAUGACCCCAUCUACAACUCAGUGGCCUGGGGCCCCUCCCGGGGCCGGGGUGGCCACAUUCCCAAGACGGAUGACGAAUUGCUACGGGACCUUGUGGCAGAGCACCAAGCCAAACAGAGCCUGGAUGUGAUAGAUCUCUGUGAAGGUGACCUGUCCUCAGCACUCACAGACUCGACAGCUCCCUCCUCAGAACCAGGCAAGGACCACCUAGAAGGCUUGGUUGCAUCUGCCCAAAAGAUGGAUGGAAUACUUGAAGCAGCCCCUCAGGAUCUGGACACAAAGGCCCUGGCACCAGGAAAUGCAGCUGAGAAAGAUGUUGUGAAUCAAGAGAUAGACCCCCUCUGUGCAGAGUGCCGACUAGUGCGACAGGACCCCUUGCCCCAGGACCUUGUGAUGUUUCUGCAUGCCCUGUGCUAUAAAGGGCCAGGAUUUGAGUACUCUUCGCCCAUGCCUACCUGGGCACAGGAUGACUGGCAAGAGAACUGAGACCUGUGGCAUAUGGAGAAAUUACUUCUUGGGUUGGAAGAAGCCAUGGAAUAGGAACUGACCUCAUGGAGUGGUACUCGAGCUUUCUGUAAGGAGAAGGUGGAUUCUUAAAGGAACUGUUUAUACUUGUUACCUCCUUCAGCUAGAGUUUGGGGACUUUUUGGUUUGUAAAUACCUCCCUUUUUCUUAUACCUCUGGUAUCUGGUUUUCCUACUGCUUUUUUUUUAUUGAGGUAAAUUUACGUAACACAAUUAACCAUAUUAAGGUGUACUGUUUAGUGGCAUUUAGCACAUUCACAAUGUUGUGUAACCAUUACCUCUUUCCUAGUUCCAAAAUGUUUUCAUCACCCAGAAGGAAACUCGUACCCAAUAAACAAUUAUUCUCCAUUUCCCCUUCAUCCCAGUCACUGGUAACCAUUAAUACACUUUUUGUCUCAAUGGAUUUGCCUAUUCUGGACUUUUCAUAUAAAUGGAUCAUAUAAAAGAUAAUUUUUUGGUGUCGUCUUUUGCUUAUCAUAAUGUUUCAAGGCUUAUCCAAUUUAUGGGAUACAUCAGUACCUCUGUCCUUUUUAUGGCUGAAUAAUACUCCACUGUGGGUAUAUUAUACUGGCCAUGUUUUUGUGUACAAAUUUUUGUUUGAAUUUGUAUUUUCAGUUCUUUGUAUGAAAGAGUAAAAUUGCUGAGUCAUA